ACACUGGAUAUCAUCCAAUCAAUUGGCCAAUCGUGUCCAACCUCAAAUGUAUUUGUCCCCUGGGCGUUGUUGCAUCCUUCAUCUCUUCACAUCGCUUCUACACCUUCAGGAUCAUCCACCGCUGCCACAAACCAUGCGCUCCCCUCUCACCGUCUCAUCCCUGGCCUGCCUUGCCCUGAUGGCUAGCACUGUCAUCGCUGGCCCUGCUCCAGAGAUCGAUGAAGAGUUCCAAAAGGUCACCUGCGGAUCCUCCAUCAAGCUGACACACGAGAAGUCUCAGUUCAAACUGCAUUCUCACCAGAUCCCAUACGGCUCCGGCUCAGGACAACAAUCCGUUACAGCAGUACCUGGAAAGGACGAUACCAACUCACUAUGGCUCGUCAUGGCUCAAUUGGGACACUCUUGUGAACGCGGCGAACCCGUGCCCUGCGGAAGUGCCGUCCGACUGAAGCACGUCAACACCAAGAAGUUCCUUCAUUCUCAUCAGCAUCAGUCCCCUAUGUCGGGUGGACUGGAGGUUUCAGCGUACGAUGGGCAGGACGAUGGCGAUGACUGGCUUCUGGAGUGCAUGAACAAGAAGGAUGAAUACUGGACGAGAGAGGCGUCUGUGCAGCUUCGACAUGCAGCUACGGGAAUGUAUCUGAGCAGUUCAGCACGGCAUGUCUACGGCAACCCCAUCCCUGGGCAGCAGGAGGUUGCUGGCCACCGACACCAUCAGAGUGACCAGUCUUGGAUCGCUCAGGAGGGUGUUUAUUUCGCAGAGCGCGAGCUGUGAAGGACAAACCGCUGACAGGAGCUGAAGAAUUGUCGUCUAGAAAGACAGAUCACGACUCGGCAGAAUAAAAUGCAGCCAAAUACACGAUAA